AUGCCAAAGUAUCGCAAUAAAAAAACUACCAUUGCUACCUCCUCUUCCGCGUUUACAUCAAUAUAUAAUUUUAAGCCAUCAUUUCCUCCAAAAAUCACGAUCGAUGAGUUAAUUUCAAAAUCACUUAGCAAUUCUGAUUCUAAAUUUAAUCGAACUCCUAAUCCAUUCAUUAUUUAUCGGAAAGUUUUUAAUCGUGAAAUAUCAAAAUUGAAACUAGAUCUAUCUUUAAAAGAAAUUUCGACAAAAGCUAGCGAGAGUUGGCAUAAAGAGACCGAACACGUUAAAAAUGCUUAUAGGAAGCUUGCUGAAGAUGCAAAAAUCCUCUUCAAAAAUGUUGCUCCUUUAUGUGUCGUUUCUGAUAAACAUUAUGACAUGAAUGACGUGAAUAAAGAUAAUUCUAAUGGAUGCUUAAAAAUUCUUUAUUUUGAUCCAAAAUGCGUCGACAACAACAAUAACCAGGAGAAAAAUAUGAAAAAAGAAAACAAUAACUUUGAUUUGACUUCAAUAUCCAAUACAAAUAUCGAUGAAAUGCUAG